AUGACGUCAGCUGGAGAAAAGCAGCACUAUGCUCUCGCCCUGAUCAAGAAACUUUUCGAUAAUCUCCCUCCCAAAAUGACCGUUGGCCUCUUGUAUGACAUUGGCUGUCAACUUCAUCAAAGUUGUGUCAAGUAUCGACUCCUCGAUGACGCUGUUCUUCGCUGGUUGACUUUCGCAAUAUCAGUCUUUCACGCUUACGGCCACCAAUGGGCCUGUCAAAUUAUAUACCAUCCUUGCAAAUGUGAAGGCUUUGGCCUUUUGGAUGGGGAAGGUUGCGAGUGUCUAUGGAGCACACUCAAACAUCUUAUUGCUCCGCUACGCGUUUCAGGGUUUCAUCAGCGACUUUUUGUCCUCGACACUCAAGUCCGGCACCUAGAUGACAAGAACCUUGUCUUGUUUGGCAAUUGGUUGAGCCAGAGGUGGAAUAACUGCGUGAAGAAGAAGAGUAUUGCAAUGCAAGCUCUACAUGAGCUUUCAGUGGACGAGACCCAUGUCCGUCAGGAAUGGAAAUCACAAUGUGAACAUCAGACGAGACCCCUGCCUCGAAGAUCAAAGACAAGUAAUGACAAGGAAAUCUCAAAAAUUCUCUCCCUUGAGAAAUCUCUUGGAGAGCUCGAUAGAUCGUUGCGACACAUGGAAAUACAACUGUGUAUGGGAAAUGUGGACAAUCUCGUUGACUACAAACUUCGUCUCAUUCAAGAGCGUGCUCACCGAUCAAAGCUCGCAGACACUUUGAGCCGCUGGAAGACACAACUUGGCAUCAGUCAACGCACCAAUCUAGACCAACUAUGUCACAAUGUCUAUCUACAAGUUCGUUUAGAUGCUCAAGCUCUUAAGACAUGUAUCCACGAAUGACUUCGACAGCACAAGUUCGAGAUUGAGAAGCUCGAGCACUCAUAUAGGCAAGCAGUGAAUGGUACUUAUGUUCUAAGUUGCACACUGUUAAGACCGUGCACAAAGGGUAGGACUGAUUCCGAGGGGCUUGGCUUCAGCUCGUGCGCUGCGCCCCUUACCCGAGUAUGUGCCCUUAAUUUCAGAAUGAUGUCCGAAGAAAGUCCAAGGACGUCCGAAGGAUGUCCGAAGCGCGGGAAAAUUCGGAAGGACUUUCCGGACGAGUGCAAGUAACUUCCGGACGAGUGCGGGAAAGUUCCGGAGGAACUUCCGGAA